AUGUACAAAAGAAUGGUAACAGUUAUACUCCUGCUUGUGGUAGUUGCAACUACCUCUGCAUUUUUGGAUUCCCUUUGGGAAUUUUCAAAAAAUAACUGCACGGCAAAUCAGUUUGCUUGUAGAAAUGGUAAUUGUGUUCCCACUUCUUUAAGGUGCAAUGAAAAUAAUGAUUGUGGGGAUGGAUCCGAUGAGGACUCAUGUGAUCUGAUACUUUGUAAAGAACCGGUCUUCUUCCGUUGUAAGAAUAAACGAUGUAUUAGCAAAUCUUUUGUCUGUGAUGGAGAAGACGAUUGUGGCGAUUUUUCUGAUGAAUUAAAAUGUUCCGGCCAGAUUUCCAAACCGGUGACGUGUGAAAAAAGUCAGUGGCAGUGCACGGAUAAAAAGUUAUGCAUACCAAAGGAUUUUGUCUGCAAUGGAGAAGUAGAUUGUGCAGAUCAUUCCGAUGAAGGAAUAGGAUGUACUUCUAAAAUUGUUUGUGAUGGUUUCAAGUGCAAUAAUGGUCAUUGUAUACCGAAGGAGUGGAUAUGUGAUGGGCACAAUGAUUGCAAUGAUAAAAGCGAUGAGCAGGAUUGUGAACACCAUUUCGAUAUCCAAAAGUGUAACAUGGAUGAGCACAAAUUCCUUUGCUCCGACAAUAAAACAUGCAUCGAUUUACACAUGACUUGUAACGGUCAUAACGACUGUCUUGACAAAUCCGAUGAAGGACCUAUGUGUUCUUUGAAGACAUCCUGUGCAGAACAUAACUGCUCACAUGAAUGUGUACAACUUCCGUCAGGUCCAACGUGCCGUUGUCCCACAGGUUACCAUAAUAUCGAUGAAAAAAAUUGUAAGGACAUCAAUGAAUGCGAACGGUAUGGGGUUUGUGAUCAGAAAUGUAAAAACACGCCAGGAUCGUACGAGUGUUACUGUGAUUCAAUGUACACAUUGCAACCAGAUAAAAGGACGUGCAAGGCAGAGGGUGGAGAAGCCUUGAUGAUAUUCAGUUCAAAAACCGAGAUUCGAGGAUACACUUUGCAAUCUGAAUUGUACUACUCUGUUGCCAAACGAUUGAAGCAAGUAGUCGGCGUAGAUUACGAUGGCCACCAUAUUUAUUGGACAGAUAUUUUUGCUGAACAUGAAAGCAUAGUAAGAUCGAUUGAAGACGGAUCUGACAAAGAGCUUCUAGUAACGUCGGGGUUAGGUUUACCAGAAGAUUUAGCAGUGGAUUGGUUGACUGGCAACAUAUAUUUCACAGAUGUAGAGAAACAACACAUUGGUGUUUGUACGAGCACGGGAGACCAUUGCACUGUUUUAUUGAACAAGGAUAUUCGUAAACCAAGAGGAAUCGUUUUGAAUGUAGAACUUGGGGACAUGUAUUGGACAGAUUGGGGCAAACCUGCCGAAAUAGCAUAUGCUUUGAUGGACGGAACAAACGAUCGCCCAUUUGUGUCGGAAGAUAUACAUUGGCCAAAUGGUUUGGCUCUGGAUUAUCCCAACGAGAGACUGUACUGGACAGAUGCAAGAAAAAUGUCAUUAGAAAGCAUUCGAUUAGACGGCACUGACAGAAGGAUUGUAUUGGAGGGCAUAGUCAAACAUCCUUAUGCAAUCGCAGUAUUUGAAAACAACUUGUAUUGGUCGGACUGGGCGACACAUUCCAUACAGUCGUGCGAUAAGUUCUUUGGAAAACGCCAUCACACCAUCAUAAAAGAUUCCAAAGAAUAUAUAUAUGGAAUAAGUAUUUUCCAUUCUGCCCUACACGCUAGAAAUGAUAAUCCAUGUGAUAGGGCAUUCUGUAGCGAUAUAUGUCUAUUAAAAGGGAAAGAGUACACUUGUGCCUGUCCCCAAAACAAAAUUUUGGCUUUUGACAGACAUUUAUGCAGAGAAGUGAAAAAGAGACAAAUGUUGAUCCUUGGGUACAAGGAUGUGUUAAUUCAAGUGGAACACCAGUUGUUAGGGAAGCACGACGUUACAACCCUCACCUCAAGUGCAAAAAAUAUCGGUUGUUUGGCAUUUGACAGCAUUACCAAUUCUUUACUGAUUAGUGAUCUGGACACUAAAACAAUUAUAAGCACCAAUUUAAAUACAGGAAUAAGUGAAACGCUGGAUGUACAUGGUUUCGGAAAAAUAACCGCUAUGGAGUUCGAUCCUAUGGCAAACAACCUGUAUAUGUGCGAUGAAAAGAAAGCAAUAGUGGAAGUAGUUAACCUUAAUACAAUGUCCAGAAAAAUUCUGCUCCAUGACAUGCAUGGUGAAAUUCCAGAAGCAAUUGCUCUUGUUCCGGAAGAAGGGGUAAUGUUCGUAUCAUUAAGAAAAGUUGGUGGUCAGUCGGCUCAUAUCGACCGUCUUGCUAUGGAUGGCUCGGGCAGGACCCAUAUUGUAGAACAAGGCCUUUUGGGACCAGUUAGUGUUCAUUAUGACAGCGAUGUGCACAGAGUAUUCUUUGCCGAUGCUGGUACAGGAAAUAUAGAAUCCACCAGUGUGGAAGGGGACGAUAGGCAUGGUUUUCGAUCUCUAUCAACUUACCCUAUUGGUUUGACUACUUUACAUUACGAUAUUUUCUGGGUUAACGAACAUUCGAAAAGACUGUACUGGGCAGAAAAAAAUGCCAGCACAAAUUAUAACAAAAAAAUUACUUUAGAUAUUCCGAGUAAUAUUGAAAAAUUACAUCUCGUUUCUGUAACGCCAAAGAAACAACACUUCAGCUCUUGUCUCAGAAACAACGGCGGUUGCAGUCACCUCUGCCUUAUGUCUCACAAAUCAAUAGUAUGUGCUUGUCCCGUCGGUUGGGAUCUAUCGUCGAACAAUCAUACUUGCAUUAAAAGAGAACACUGUAAAGAUACCGAAUACUUGUGCUACGACUCCAACACGUGCAUUUUAAAAAGCCUUCGUUGCAACGGACACAACGACUGCAGUUUCGGUGAAGACGAGAAAGAUUGUAAACCAGCCAGGAAAUGUCCACCUGAUUUAUUUGAAUGCAGCAAUGGUGAAUGUAUUAAGCAGGAAAAAGUGUGCGAUUAUAACUAUGAUUGCAAAGAUAAAUCCGAUGAACACAACUGCAAAGACAAAAGUAAGCAAAAAUCUUGUCCACCACAGCAUUUUAGUUGUGGUGAUGGCCAGUGCAUAGUAGAAAGAUUUUUGUGUGACGGCGUUUAUGACUGCGAGGAUCACUCUGAUGAGGUGAAGUGUUCAACGAAUGAAUGUGGAAUCAAUCAGUUUAGAUGCAAUUCAGGAGCUUGUAUACCAAAGUCAUGGGAAUGUGAUCAUGAUUAUGAUUGUAAUGAUUUUUCAGAUGAACAUGCUCAAUGUGGUAAUUGCCCUCCUACAAUGUACACCUGCCUAAACGGCAAAUGUAUCGACAAGCAACUUAUGUGCGACAACAUGGAUGACUGCGGAGAUAACUCGGAUGAAUACACGUGCAACGUAGCCUCUACUGGAAACUGCAGCGUGGAAGAGUUUGCUUGCUCUUCAAACACGUCUAUUUGUGUCUUAAAUUCUGCGAAAUGCAAUGGAACGUCGGAAUGCCCUCAUCACGAAGACGAAAAAGGCUGCUCAGACUGCAACAUCGAUGAAUUUAACUGCAAAAAUAAGAAGUGCAUCCCUGUUCAGUGGAUAUGUGACGGAAUAGAUGACUGUGGGGAUAAUACUGAUGAAAAGACGGAGCUUUGUUCUCAUGCUGUUGGGGUUACAUCGUCUGUCGUUCAUAUUUCGUGUGAACAUGGUUUUCGGUGUAAAAGUGGUCACUGCAUAGCCCUUUCUUCCGUAUGUGAUGGCAAACAUGACUGUUACGAUGAUUCUGAUGAAGACGGCUUGUGUUCGACGGCUUGUGAUGGCAUAAAACAUCCUUGUUCUCAAGUGUGUGUCCCCACACCAACAGGGCCUAUGUGUAAAUGCAAUCCUGGAUACAAAUUAAUGGGGGAUGGCCAUACCUGUGAGGAUCUGAAUGAAUGUCGGAUUGACCCCCCCGUUUGCAGUCAGUUGUGUAAUAAUAACGAAGGCAGUUAUAUUUGCGACUGUUUCAACGGGUACCUACUAAGAUCUGAUAAAAAAUCGUGCAAAGCAGAAGGUCAGCCCAUGUCUCUUAUCUUUACUUCGGACAAUCAAAUAAGAAGCCUAACUCAAAAAACAAACAGUUUAAGCAUCAUUUACUCCAAUGAAAUGCCUGAAAUAUCUGGCCUGGACUUUGUGCUAAAAUCUAAAAGCGUUUACUUUAGCAUAGAAAUGACCAGUACCAUCCAUCGGAUCAAUCAAGAAACGCAAGUGAGACAGUACAUAGAACAUGUUGGGCAACCGCAGAAGAUCUCGGUAGAUUGGACGAGUCAGAAUGUCUAUUUUUAUAAUGCCAGUUCUGAAGCAAAGUCCAUUAGUGUGUGUAAUUUCGAGGAAAUGUUGUGUGCAAAGCUGAUUGAUAUUGAUAUUCACAGACAGGUGUCAGCAAUAGCAAUAGACUCGCUGAAUAAGGUUAUGUUCUAUUCGGUAACGAGUUGGUGGGUACUUAAUUCUCCAAGCUACAUUAUAUACAAGUGUAAUUUAGAUGGAAGUGGAAAGGUGGAGCUUGUCAAGUUCGAUAAAGGUUACGUAACUGACCUUACGUUUGAUUUCAACAGCAAACACUUGUAUUUUAUUGACCAACAUAAGGCAGAAAUUAGUAUGGUGAAUUACGAGGGAAAAUUGAAAACUUUACUCUUCACAGCCGAAGCUCGACCAGUUGGUUUGAAAUUUUUUGAGAACUAUUUGUUCUAUCUCACCAGUGGAGGAUACUUGUUCAAGUGUAAAUUGUUCGAGGACCGUCACUGUGAGAAUUUCAAGUUACACGGUUACUCAAGCAAUUUCUUUACGAUCGCCCAAGAUUCUCUUCAACCGAGACUUGAAAAUGUGUGCAAAAAUCACUCGUGUUCCUAUUUAUGUCUGCCUUCCGAAUCUCAGUAUAAAUGUCUCUGCAGCGAUGGAAAAAUUAUUUCGAAAUCAGAGAAAUGUUCCGGCAAACAACUGGAAUCUGUAGGUGACGGGAGGAAGUUUAAAGUUCAUUCAGUUUCGGUGAAACAAGAACAACAAAAUAAAAAGAACACUAGCGUAAUUGUCCUGGGAAUUUUACUACCCAUUUUAAUAAUACUUGUAGUGGCAACGGUGAUCAUAAUUUUAAGGAAGAAAAAUAGUGGCGGCUUUAACGUUAGUAUUCGAUUUCACAAUUCUGAUUCCACCUCCAAAACUCAUACUGACGAAAAACCGCUCCUGAAACCGGGACAACACGAGUACACCAAUCCUGUUCAUUUUGGUGGAGAUUAUCCCGAUAUUUCAGCGAGCAACCUUGCCAAGAAAUUAAAUGAGAUGGGUGCUGUUUAAUGGUCCCGUUUGUGAUCGUUUAUUCGUAUUAUUGUUUUAUUAAAAUUUUUAACUUUAUUUUAAAAGAAAAUAGCUAUAACAGUAUUAAGAGUUGUACUAUUUGCAAAUCAACUUAUAGGAAAUAUUUUAUUUAUAACUGUUGCAGUUGUAUAAAAUUUAUUUAUUUUUUAUG